UCACGAAAACACAGGGUUAGGGGUCUAGCUUUCUGCGAGAAGGGUAUUUCUCUCUCCAUCUUUUAUCUUUAUUUUUUUACAACAAAUCUUCUCGUCACUCUUUUACGACCACUAUUUUCGUACAGCCUCCCCGGAUGGCUCUUUUCGGCAAGAUCUCGUUUCCGGCGCUCGGCAAUGAGCUGUCUGCUCUUAAUAUCUUGUCGAUAAUUUGUUUUUUAUCUUCUCUCCAUUGUCUUGUCUUAUUUUGGUUUGUUUGUGUUUGUUUACCGCAUUUCAGCGACGCGGAACCAAAACAAGGGAGGCGGAGGAAAAGAACCGCUAUUGUUUUCACGACACGGUGGCAAGAAGAGAAACCUGUCACUUUUUCUAUCUGCCAUGCUUCUUUCUUUCGCCAACAACAACCACCUACCUCUAAGACUUGUUCCCUGGCGGUUUUCCCCGUCCUCCUUACCUUCUCACCGUCUCUACAUCUCUAUCCGUCGGCCUGGAAGCUUGUUUUACGCUGGAAGAAGAAAUCCCAUAUAACAACAACCAACUUUUACCUCCCAGAACACCCUUACACUCUUGCCGAUAUACUCUUGUAUAUAUUCCUCUAUUUGCUUUCCUCUAUUUCUCCUCUCGGACAGUGGCGUAGUCCGGUCUGUUUCUGUUUCUGGAAAAACUUUUUUCUUUUUUUUUGUUCCUUUUGACUUGGCUGGCUCGAAACAACCGUUUUGUGAAAGGGGCGGAAGGAGAAGAAAAAGAGUCGGUCAUGACGGAUGUAGUGUACGUGUGUGUGCGUGUGCG